AUGUUUUCACGUCGAAUAUUAGCUGGUAUACAACCGUCAAAUGUUCCACAUCUUGGCAAUUACUUAGGUGCUAUUAAGAGAUGGGUUGAAUUACAAAAUUCUGGUGAACAUCUUAUCGUUAUGUUAGCUGAUUUACAUGCUGUUACUUUACCAAGAGAUCCAAAGAUUUUGAGGCAAACUAUUUUAGAGACAACAUCGUCGUUAUUGGCUUGUGGAAUUAAUCCAGAUAAAAGUAUUAUUUAUCGUCAAUCACAGCUACCACAUCAUACUACAUUAGCAUGGCUAAUGGGAACUCUUGCCACUGUUCAACAAAUAUCUCAUAUUCCUACUUAUAAGUCAAAAGUAAAAGAUGAAGAAUCUAUUCCACUUGGACUAUUUAUGUAUCCUAUACUUCAGUCAGCUGAUAUAUUGUUAUUUAAAUCAACACACAUACCUGUCGGGGAGGAUCAAUUACCUCAUUUACAUUUAUGUACCACAUUAAUUGAAAAAUUUUAUCACAUCUAUAAAAAAGAGUUAUUUCCUAUGCCAAAACCAAUGUUUACCGAAACAAAUCGUAUUCGAAGUUUACGUCAUCCAGAAAAUAAAAUGUCAAAAUCUGAUGCAGAUCCACGUGGACGAAUUGACAUUAUGGAUACGGAAGAUCUUAUUCGUGAUCGUGUCAUGAAAGCUGUUACAGAUUUUGAAUCUCGAAUAACAUAUGAUCCUGAAAAUCGACCGGGUGUAUCAAAUUUAAUUGAUAUUUUCUCUGGACUAACAGGCGAAAUGCAAGAAGAUAUUGUUGAACGAGCGCAAUUAGAAGGACUUAAUACGAAAGAAUUUAAAGAAAAAUUAAUUAAAAUUAUCAUAGAACAUUUUAAACCAUUUCGAAUAAAAUAUUUAGAAUUAAUGAACGAUCACAGUUACAUUUAUGAUGUAUUACAGCAAGGACAAGCUAAAGCUGCAGUAAUUGCUGAUCAAACACUCAAUGAAGUUAAACAGACUAUGGGACUGGAUUAG